GCCGCUGAACGGAACCGCACACACGCCCCCCUCACAACGGCCCCCCAACCCGAGCUCCCGCUUCCCUUCAGAAACCGCCUCUCUAGUCCCCUCCCAAGGAAGCAUAAUAAUAAAUGUUAACAGGGCUGGUGGGGGGGGGGGAGAGAGAGAAAUAUAAUAAAAGGCUUCCCCUCCCUCCCAACGUUGUGUGUGUCACUGCAAGGGGGUGGAGAGGCCUGGUCAGGUGAUUGUCAAGAGGGGCUGUCCAAGAUGGCGGCCGGUUUGCGGGCUUUGAGGAGGCGCAAGCGGAGGGCUUACCUGUGACUGAGAACGGCGGGGGGGUGGGGAGGGAAAAGAAGGGAUUUUUAAAAGGAAGGAGAGUCCUCCGCCUUUUUUUUUUCCCCGGAGGCUCUUUUUGGCCUAGAGGCAGGGGGAAGGCGGCUCUUCAAUGUGUGCCUUUCUCCAGGGAGGGGUUAUGGUGCUGUUGGGCUGCGCCUGUGGUUCUUAAAAAGCAGCCGCCUCUCUCUAAGUCAUGGCUCUGAGGGAGCUCAAAGUUUGCCUGCUCGGGGACACUGGUGUAGGCAAAUCAAGCAUUGUAUGGCGCUUUGUAGAAGACAGCUUUGAUCCCAACAUCAAUCCAACAAUUGGGGCAUCUUUUAUGACCAAGACAGUGCAGUAUCAGAAUGAAUUACAUAAAUUCCUAAUAUGGGAUACGGCAGGACAAGAACGGUUCCGUGCCCUAGCGCCAAUGUACUACCGAGGGUCUGCAGCAGCAAUUAUAGUUUACGACAUCACGAAAGAGGAGACAUUUUCAACACUGAAGAACUGGGUGAAAGAACUUCGGCAGCACGGGCCUCCCAAUAUUGUUGUAGCUAUUGCUGGAAAUAAGUGUGAUCUUAAUGAUGCAAGAGAAGUUAUGGAAAAAGAUGCUAAAGACUAUGCAGAUUCCAUCCAUGCAAUAUUCGUCGAGACCAGUGCGAAAAAUGCAAUAAACAUAAAUGAACUCUUUAUAGAAAUUAGUCGUAGAAUUCCAUCAACAGACACCAACCCUUCCGCUAGCGGUAAGGGCUUCAAACUUAGAAGACAGCCAUCAGCGACAAAACGAAGCUGCUGUUGACUGAUAAGUCAGUACAUCAGACUAGCUUUUAUAACAUUUGGCCUUGGAAUGGAAAGGUUUAUUUGGGGUAUAUUGUAUCAGUAGAUCGCUGUCUGCCUGGUGUUCGUACACCCUAAAAUGAGCCAACUCUAACAUAAGUCCACACGCUGAGGAGACCGCAGCUGCCCUACUGUUUCCUUGCAUACAGACUUUCUCGUGUACGCCAAGGGAAUCCCUUCCGUUUCUGCUUUGGCCUUGUGAAAGAGAAGAAACUCAACCAUACAGAUUGUAGAAUUUAUAUUUCAUAGUGGGGUUUUGUAAACAAAGGGUUGCCUUUUUUCUUUUUUCUUUUUUUUUUUUUUGGUAAAGGGGUGGGAGGAAAACUAGCACUUUUGCGGAUUUUGAAGGGAGUACACAAGACCUGCGGAUUGAAAUUCUAGCUCUGAUCCCGAACGGGAUUCUGCUCACUUCAUCUUCAUUGCUCUAAGCCUUAUUGUUUUCAUUGUUGCUUCUCCAAAGAAGGGGGGAUGAACAGAUGACAAGCAGAUGGCUGUGGGGGGGGCGGAAUCAGAAUGGAACUGGUAAGUGACCAAAUCAGCCCAUCCGGUCCUCAUCCUUAAUUGCACUUUUUUUUAAUUUACUAAUGAUAUUGCAGAAAUACAAACCAUCUUUUAAAAAAAAAAGUGAGGGGAAUGUAGACAAUCUUAUCUGUACGCUUAAUUGUUUUAGGAAUGAAUUAGUGUCCUCUUUAGAACUUCUUGAAAUAGACUUUUCUUCUUUUAGGUGGCAAGUAAAAUCCUAGGUGAAAUUAACCAGACUUGAUCAUAAACUGACAGGCAUCAGUGGCUGUUGGAAUAAGAGUGCUGAAUGGGGGAAGGGCAUCUCUAAUCGCUUAGCAUGUGCAUUUUUAUACUCUUUAUUUAUGAGACCAAUGCCUAAAGUAUUAUAAAUUAUGCAAGUGCAUAAUUUUAAAAUAAUCUGUUUUCUGUCGCCCCAUUGGGAAAAGUCCCAAGGUCAAAACUGCUGUCAACUCCAGCCUGGGAACUUCUAGCGGAUGUCAGCUAGCACCCAGAAAACACUCCUCUUGCUGCCCAGUAGAGGCUGCUGCUAGUGUACUUUGAGGCUUCCUUAUAGAAUGAAUCACCUCUGCGUGAGAAAACACAAACAGGGAACCAAAGCCAAGUUGUGUGGGGUGGCGUGGAUCGUUGCCCUUUGCUCUUGGGCCUAUUCCUGAAGUUUAGCCUUUUUUUUUUCCUUCUUGCUGUUUUUUUUUUAAAACAUAUCAGCUUUUAGCUUUGUAUUGGGGGUUUUUGCCAAUUUUAUAUUAAACUAUAAAUUAAGCCUGCCA